AUGACUACAAAGCUCAAGAAGGAUUCCUUGACUACUGGACUCAUGUCCUCAUGGAUGACUGAUGAAGAAGUGCACAAGCUUGAUGACACCAAGGGAAUAAUGGAAUACAAUGAUGAUGGCCCAGUCAUUGACUUUGAUGAAGACAAUUUCCUGCCAGACCUGCUCAAUGAGGAUUCCUAUCAUGAGAAGGAAAUGGCUGACAUUCAGAAACUCCAAGAUAUCAUUCCAAGUACCAAGUGGAACAUAAUUGUUGCAACUGCUAAGCAGCUUAUUCUUCGUAAAAGGAAUGAACAUCUUCCUAGCAGUUCAUCAAAGUCUGAAGACAUUGAGGCUGGAGAUGGAUACGUAGAUGAAGUUGUUGUCUCUCCAAUGUCUUAUAUUGAUAAGAAAUUCAAAGCCAAGCAAGCUGAGGAGCAAACCUUUAUUGAUGAGACCGUCAGUGAAUUCUCCUUGAAUGAAGAGCAAGAGCAGGCAUUUCGUAUAGUAGCCAAUCAUGCUACACUCCAAAAAGUUGAGCAGCUUAAGAUGUAUCUUGGAGGUAUGGGUGGUACAGGCAAGUCUCAGCCCCAACAGGCUCUGCAGCUGCAUUAUUAA